AAAAUAUCUCUGGUCUUAGCAGACAUUCUUUGGCAUCGUUUGAGUGAGUUUUGUGUGUGCUGGCGGCAACUGUGUGUUUGAGAAGUUGUGUGUGGGCACGAUUCAAAACAUUUAGUAUGUCUGAGGACCACGGAGACCACAAGGAAACAACCGAGGAGACAGCACCCGAUGAGGCAGUGCAGGAACAUGAUCCACAUUUUGAUCCCAUCGUGACAUUGCCAGAGGUGAAAAUAAGAACUAUGGAAGAAGACGAAGUUGAAAUGAUAAAAAUGCGGGCAAAAUUGUUUCGCUAUGACAAAUCAGAAUCUCCACCUGAAUGGAAAGAGAGAGGUACAGGAGAAGUAAAGCUACUAAGGCAUAUUACGAAAAAUACUGUCAGAGUUGUUAUGCGAAGGGACAAAACAUUGAAAUUAUGUGCAAAUCACUUUGUGACACCAUGGAUGGACUUGAAACCAAACUGUGGCAGUAACAGAUCGUGGGUUUACAGUGUAGAUGCUGAAUUUGCAGACGGUGAAGUGAAGAAAGAACUGCUGGCAAUGAUGUUUGCAAAUCCCGAAAAUGCAAAGAAAUGGAAGGAAAAGUUUGAAGAAGCAAAAAUGAUUGUGGAGACUCAGCUAAACAAAAGCUCUAGUGGAAAUGAAUCCAACGAUCAAAUAAAUACAGAAAAUCACCAAAGUGAUGAAAAUGAAAGUGAUGAAAAUCAAGAGAUUUGUGUUGCAGAAGAUGAAAAUCUGAAUGAGAAACUGGAGCAGUUAAAAGUGGCUGAUGAAAAAACAGCAGAUACGAAGUUAGAAAAGCCUGAAGUGGCAGAGGGUGAAACUGCAAAGUAAAGUUACUGUAGCUAUAGAUUUUCUAUGGGUCUUCGUGAAAGAUAUUUUUAUACGUAUGAUAUGUGGACUUAGAAUUAUGCUUUUAUUGUGAUAUGGAAUCAGAUUCCUGUGACUGGUUGAGUAAUGUGGAAAAUAUAAACUUGACAUUCCUGAUGUUCUCAUUAUUUUUAUUCCUUGUCAACUGCAGAUAUUCUGAUUUCAUAUUUUUUUGCCAUGUGUGGAGAUGACUGUAUAUUGACUAUGUUAUUCAUAUUAUUAUAUAGCUUGCUGAGAUUAUAUAUAAUUAAACAUACUAUUGAGUUAUGUUGCUCGUCAUUGUUGAUUCCUAAUUGUCUUGUAUGCAUGCUAAAAUAAAACUUUUGUGGCCCAGUAACACGACAGUAGAACAAAA